CUGUCUCCCCUCCCCUCCCCCCAUGUGACCCACCCCUCCAAAACCUCUGGGCUUAAAAAAAUCCCCCAAAAAUCCAAAUCAGAAAGAGAGAAAGAAAAGGAGUGUCUGCAACUAAAUAUGCCUCCGGUAGUACUCAUUGCCAUGAUUAUGUCUUCUGCAAACCCAUUGUACUCUUUUUAUUAAUAUCUCCACCUCCAUCUCUCUCUCUCUCUCUCUCUCCACUUCUCCAGUGAUUUUAUUAGCAGAGUCCCCAAGAUCGUUGCAGUUGUUGCCUUGUUGGGGUUGGUUAAUUGGGUUCCUUCCUUUUUUUUGUUUUUUGAGUGGUUUAGUUUUCUCUCUCUAAUAAUCCACAAAGCUAGGCACAAACACCCAUCCUCUCUAUAUUUGGGAGGGUAUAACAUUGCGAGAGAACAUGGCGCAAUUACCUCCUAAAAUACCCAGCAUGACUCAGAACUGGGCGCCAUUCCCCCACCACAGAAUAAUGCCCUCAAUGGCCAACUUCCUCCCCUCCUCCGCCGCCGUCAACCACCCUCCCUCCCCCCCUCACACCCAGCAGCAGCAACAGUCCUCUUCGUGUUGGAUGGACGAGUUCCUAGACUUCUCCUCCGCCCGGCGCGGGGCCCACCGGCGGUCGGCCAGCGACUCCAUCGCGUUCCUGGAGUCGCCGCUGAAUGUGCUCGACGAGGAGUGCGGGAGGAACCCCACCGUCCACGGCGCCAACAACAUCGGCGCGUCGUUCGACCGCCUCGACGACGAGCAGCUCAUGUCCAUGUUCUCCGACGACGUCGCCGUCCCCCCGACCGUCACCUCGUCGUCGAACCCCUCCACGCCGUCCGACCAGAACAGCAACAACGACGAGAUUCACGAGAACGUGAACAACAACAAUGUCAAUCACCGGCCGUUGAUGCAUCUCACGAUCGACGGCCAGCAGCAGCAGCAGCAGCCGAAGAGCGAGCCCGGCGAGGGCGAGAGCGAGUGCGAUCCCAGCGACCCGCAUUCUCAGUCCCAUGCGCCACUGCCGACCUCCCCCGCCGAUCCCAAGAGGGUAAAAAGAAUCUUGGCGAAUCGGCAAUCGGCCCAGCGGUCCAGAGUGAGAAAGCUGCAGUACAUAUCGGAGCUCGAACGCAGCGUCACAUCAUUGCAGUCGGAGGUGUCGGCGCUUUCACCGAGGGUUGCGUUUCUAGAUCACCAGAGGUUGAUUCUCAAUGUGGAUAACAGUGCUCUCAAGCAAAGGAUUGCUGCUCUGGCUCAAGAUAAGCUCUUCAAAGAUGCUCAUCAAGAGGCAUUAAAGAAGGAAAUAGAGAGAUUAAGGCAGGUUUAUCAGCACCAAACCCUAAAGAAGAUGGGGAACAAUGGCAAUAACAACAACCAAAACGCCGCCGCAGCUCCACCGCAACAGCAGCAAGCACACCACCACAACCCGGCGGACAUCAUGCUCUGUACGGAUCACAAGGAGCAGCAGCAGAUUAUGAAUUGAAUGAAAGAAAGAAAGAAGAAGAAAUAUCAUAAUUAACCAAGCAAAAGCGUUUCAGUUUUUAAUCUUUUUGUUUUCUUUAGGGGGCUAACUCGGUCCUUUUCAUUCAUUCACGUGAUGUGUGUUCCCCACUAGGUGUGGGACCCCUGACAAGGUUUUGUGCGAUCGGAUUGGUGGGUGAGGAAGGCUGGUGACAGCGACACGUGGAGCGCUUGGAUAGGGUGCUGAAAUCAUUUUAUUAAUUUUCAGUAAAAUCAAUUCUUUGUUUUGUUGGGGAAGGGAGGAGGUUGGCCACGUGGCUUUUGGUUUCUGUUUUUUUUUUUUUUUUUUUUUUUUUUUCAGAUUAAUUUUUUGGAGGGACGGUGGGGUUAUUAUUGUCUUUUAAAUUCGUUCUUUGGAAUUGGAUGGGGGAAGAGACUCAACUAUUCAGUGGGACGAAUUGAAGAAGAAUGUGUCAGGUCAUGUUCUAAGUCAGGUCUGUGAUUGUUUUAUCUUUAGUUUCUUUCUUUACCCCUUGGGAGUUGGGACCAAUAAUGUGCUACACUUGUUUUUGUUGUUUGAUUCUUUUGGAAAGAAAUGUAAAAAUUUAUAACAUUUUAACAUGCAUCUUCGAAUUGGUAAUCCUACCGAUAA